AUGGAAGUUUCAGAUAAUGCAGAAGAAUUUCCUAACAUUUUGAACAUUUUAGCAUCAGUUUUAAAUAUAAAGGCUGUGAUUCGAGAGACGAUGAAGGCGCGACCAUUAAAUGAAGCAAUUUGUUUAACAUCUUCAAGUGUAAGUCUUCAAUUAAAUUGA